AUGCUCUCCUUCGUGCACACCCUUAUCCUUGCUCUCCUUUGCUCCAUCGUUUUUGUUGAAGCCAUGCCAAGCAUGCGACCAGCGAAGAAGGCUAUGCGCAACUCGUUGGUGCGGUUCGGAAAGCGAGCUGAUCCAGUUGUGUCGGACGAUGUCUUCCUAGGCGAGUCGUACGGAUCUGUUGACCCGUAUGAAUAUGUUCCGGAGCACAUGUCCAACCGGGGCGCUUCUUCAGUCCUGCUCUACUAA